ACCAGGCUGCAGGCAAUGGGGUUCGGGCGUCCCCCGCCGGCUCCGCCAGGGCCGCCCCUCCCCCGCGGAUCGCCGCCCAGGCCCUUUGCAGACGCUCCAGGAGGGCGGCUGCCGGCCCCGGCACGACGGACGGGGGAGGGAAGCAGGCGCUUCCCCCAGCGGGCAAAAGACUCCCCGCCCCCUCCUUCCGCCGUGUCACGGGGCCCCGAGGGCGGCGCAUGCGCACAGCAGCGCACUCAGCCGUUGUUCCGCAGCUUCGGUCGCCGCUCCUUCUGCGGAGACGCGUCGCCAGGAGCCGCCGCCGCCGCCGCCAGCGGUCUGGGAAUAGCAGCCGCCGCCGCCUCGGCCCGGCCGUGGAAAUUGCACAAAAAUGUCUCUCUAUCCUUCUCUGGAAGAUCUGAAAGUGGACAAGGUAAUUCAGGCCUCUAUCCCAGGCUAUACCCAGAACUUGCUCAGUACAUGGGCCUAAGUCUUAAUGAAGAAGAAGUACAGAGAAACUUGCCAAUGGUUGCAGAUACACAAUCUCAGGGGCAACUGGUAACAAGACCUUCCACUGUGAAUUACAUGGUGGCUCCAGUAACUGGAAAUGAUGUUGGAAUUCGCAGAGCAGAAAUUAAACAAGGCAUCCGUGAAGUAGUUGUGUGUAAAGAUCAGGAUGGAAAAAUUGGACUUCGUCUUAAAUCUAUAGACAAUGGUAUAUUUGUCCAGUUAGUACAAGCCAACUCUCCAGCAUCUUUAGCUGGUCUGAGGUUUGGGGACCAAGUUCUGCAAAUUAAUGGUGAAAACUGUGCAGGAUGGAGCUCUGAGAAAUCCCAUAAAGUUCUCAAGCAGGCUUCGGGGGAGAGAAUUUCGAUGAUAAUUCGUGACAGGCCUUUUGAACGAACUCUUACUAUGCAUAAGGACAGCACAGGUCAUGUUGGCUUCAUAUUCAAAAAUGGAAAAGUAACCUCAAUAGUAAAAGACAGUUCUGCUGCUAGAAAUGGUCUUCUUACAGAUCACAACAUGUGUGAAAUUAAUGGCCAGAAUGUAAUUGGACUGAAGGACUCCCAAAUUGCAGACAUAUUGGCAACAGCUGGGAAUGUUGUGACAAUUACUAUCAUGCCUUCAUAUAUCUUUGAACAUAUAAUUAAGAGGAUGGCUUCUGGCAUCAUGAAAAGUCUGAUGGACCAUACAAUCCCUGAGGUCUAAAUUUAAAGCCAUUGUAUUGUAUAUGCAUAUGUAAUGAGAACUCAGCUAAUCUUGGGCUAUUAUACUCAGCAACUUCUGGAUUCUGCACAUGAGCAUUUCUUGAGUCCAAGAGGAGAUAUGCUGCAUUGAGCAUUUACAUUAUAUAUCAUGGCUGGGAAUGUUACCAUUCAACACGUUAUCUUGUUUAUUCAUGCAACCAUAAGACUUGUUUGUAGCCUAAUGCUGAUUUUUACAAAUGUGAAAUUUUCAACAAAGUUCUGCUGAUCUCUUUUUCUGUAGGAUCAUGCAACUCUAAUUUACUACUGUUUCUAUGGUUAUAAGCCAUUGCAACAAAAGGAAACUAAUAAGUGUUUCUUCUGCAAGUGAUAAUAUCAGUUAUCCAUGAUCUAGAACAUAUUGCUGCUCUUUGUAUGUUCUUUUUCGGAUGAAUAAGUAUUUUUAUUGCCUUCUCUUUGUAACCAUAUAUUUAGAACAGUAUAUUUAGAAAAUUGACUAUUUUAGUGGUAGUGUGCUUUUUGUUCAAGUAAUCUUGUUGGCAAAAAAAAGCCACUUGAAAACGAAGUUUAGCUAAUAUUAGCAUUAAACCUUAAAGAAGUGCUUUAAAGGGUAAAGUAUAUAGAUAAAAAUCGAUUGUUAAACUCAACUUUUUACUACUCUUAUUAUACAAAUUGUAACUCUAAUAUGCUUAAAUUCUGUAUCCUUAAACAUGUUUAAAAAUAAAAUUCAGGAAUAACCAAAUAAGAUUGCAAAACUUUGGAUAUUUUUUUAAGAUGUAGGAUGAACAUUUUAAAACUGCAGAGUAACUUUGUUGAUUAACUAUUCAAGCAAACUGAGUUUAAGGGUAAGUGUUAACCAGGAGGUAUAUCCAAAUAAAAUUAAAAUUGAUACUUUGCAAAAUGCUGUUCCUGGUCGGCAUAUGAAAAAUUGAAGCAUUCGUUCAAGGAAGAGUUGGUUCUUUCUAUUGGUAGUUCAGUGAGAGUCUAAAUCUCCCCUAUGUUAAAUGUUACAAUUCAAAUAGCUGUACAUUAUAAGCAGCUCCAAUGGGUUAGUGUAGAAAUGGUUUCCCUUUCCUGUAAAUGGUUUUGGCUAGCAGCAGUCUUUUGUUUGAAACAGUCCCAGAGCUUUUUAGACUUAAAGGGACACUGUUAACUUAAACAUACACAUUACCUACUGUUGCAAAUAACAGCUAAUUGAUGUAAGUUGAAUAUUUACAGAAUAAAGGUAUUGUAAAGAG